GCGACUUUCGAUCUUGUUUUGUUGCAUAUGUCGCUUCUGUCUACAAGCCCCAUGGCAAAGCAUGGCGAAGCAUCUUCCGGACCAAGUCGCGGACGCAUCAGGAGGGAGGCUUCGCCUUGUGGACACUUUGGACCGGGGUCGUUCUCUGGAGGCCGCGGUAGACUUGCCAGUUGGCCACAGGUGGCGCGACACGCCUGUCUUACCGCAUGGGUCAAACUUGGGCAAGUAUUUGAUCCAAGCUUGCCCAGACUGCGAGGAAGACGAGCACUUCUCCUCAGAUUUUGUGGCCGCGCUGGAUUUUUUGGCCUCAUUGCUGCUUCAAGGUUGUCAAUCUGAUGUCCUCAGUAAAUUGUACUCGUUUACCAAAGAGGCCACAGAAGUCCCGAUGAUCCAGCACUGGCACAAGAGAUGGAGGUCAGACUUGACCGAGCGGAUCACCGUGGCCGAGUUGGAAGAAGCUUGGAUUCAUGUAGUUCCCAACUGGCGACAGCUCAAAGUUUCCUGUCCCGUCGUCCGACGUGCCGCUGUGAAUGGAGUUGACGUGCCUCUUUUGAGCCAUGAUGUUGUUUGUGGAUUGUGGCUUCAAAUGGCAUUGUGCGAGCAUUCGUGUGAUCCGAACUGUUCUCUUGUCCAUGAUGGCGAGGAUCUAUGGUUCAUCACUGUGCGACCGAUUCCUGCAGGAAGUGCCGUGACGACGUCAUAUUUGAACAUGGAGAGUUUGAUGAAGCCAACAAGCCUACGGAGGGAGGAACUUCGGGAAGUUUGGGGCUUUGAUUGUGCUUGCAGCCGAUGCGCAAAGGACCAGAUAUGAGGACGACAUCGAGUUCCUUCCCCAAAAGCACUUGCGGAGAUUGCUUGUCAG